CUCUCUGAUUCUCUCUCCCUCUCCGCGUCCAGCGCUGGGCUUUUUCAGACAAGUGCAUCUCCUAACCAGGUCACAUUUCAGCCGCGACCCACUAUCUGUCUGUCACCGGAGUCAGACCGCAGGAGGAGGGCGGAGGAAGACUACGGCGUUUGCUUCGCCAACCGCGGGGUGGAAAGAAGGACAUUAAAAUACUGCAGAAGUCAAGACCCCCCUUCCCCCAGGUCGGACCCUGACCACGAUGCGCACCCCGGGCUGCGGGCGGCUGGUGCUGCCGCUGCUGCUCCUCGCCGCGGCCGCCCUGGCCGAAGGCGACGCCAAAGGGUUCAAGGAGGGCGAGACCCCCGGCAAUUUCAUGGAGGACGAGCAAUGGCUGUCGUCCAUCUCGCAGUAUAGCGGCAAGAUCAAGCACUGGAACCGCUUUCGAGACGAGGUGGAGGAUGACUACAUCAAGAGCUGGGAGGACAAUCAGCAAGGAGAUGAAGCCCUGGACACCACCAAGGACCCUUGCCAGAAGGUGAAGUGCAGCCGUCACAAGGUGUGCAUCGCCCAGGGCUACCAGCGGGCCAUGUGCAUCAGCCGCAAGAAGCUGGAGCAUAGGAUCAAGCAGCCUGCCCUGAAGCUCUCUGGAAACAAAGACACCGUCUGCAAGCCCUGUCACAUGGCCCCGCUGGCCUCAGUCUGCGGCUCCGAUGGCCACACUUACAGCUCGGUGUGCAAGCUGGAGCAGCAGGCCUGCCUGAGCAGCAAGCAGCUGACUGUGCGAUGCGAGGGCCCCUGCCCCUGCCCCACAGAGCAGGCCUCCCCCUCCACCACCGACGGCAAGCCAGAGACCUGCACAGGUCAAGACCUGGCUGACCUGGGGGACCGGCUGCGGGACUGGUUCCAGCUCCUUCAUGAGAACGCCAAGCAAAAUGGCUCGGCCGGCAGUGGGGCCAACCUGGCCGGUGGGCUGGACAAGAGCUUGGGGGCCAGCUGCAAGGACUCCAUUGGCUGGAUGUUCUCCAAGCUGGACACCAGUGCUGACCUCUUCCUGGACCAGACAGAGCUGGCCGCCAUCAACCUGGACAAGUAUGAGGUCUGCAUCCGCCCUUUCUUCAAUUCCUGCGACACCUACAAGGACGGCCGGGUCUCCACUGCUGAGUGGUGCUUCUGCUUCUGGAGGGAGAAGCCUCCCUGCCUGGCGGAGCUGGAGCGCAUCCAGAUCCAAGAGGCUUCCAAGAAGAAGCCAGGAAUCUUCAUCCCGAGCUGUGACGAGGACGGCUACUACAGGAAGACACAGUGUGAGCAGAGCAGCGGUGACUGCUGGUGUGUGGACCAGCUGGGCCUGGAGCUGACGGGCACUCGCACGCAUGGCAGCCCCGACUGCGAUGACAUCGUGGGCUUCUCAGGGGACUUUGGGAGUGGCGUCGGCUGGGAGGACGAGGAGGAGAAGGAGACAGAGGAAGCAGGCGAGGAGGCUGAGGAGGAGGAGGGCGAGGCGGGCGAGGCGGACGACGGAGGCUACAUCUGGUAGAUGGCCCUCGGGGAGCCAUGGCAGGCCAGGGUGCCGAUGGCCGGGGGAGACGGGCCAGCAGAGACCUGGACAGAAGCAGGCAGCUUACGCAUGGAUCCGGAAGAUACGUUGGAAGGACACUGGCUCCAGCAGGGACGACUGGGUGUGUGACUGUGCAUGGCCAAUGUGAGACCUGUAUGGCUAGGACGUGUGAGUGUGUGUGAGUGUGGCAUGCGCUGGCAAAUGUGUCCUUGGUCCACACUGCUCCAGAGACCUCCUUGUUUGCUUUCCAUUUAGUGUUGGUUUCAAAGUACACAUAUCCACACAUAUCCACCCACCACAAGGUCAAAGCUGAUGACAUGAAUGCCCCCUGCCAUGUCCCCCAAGCCCCCUCUGGGCCUGUCCUGACACCCUUGGGUUGCCCUGACCAGGGCUUCUUGUCUUGAUUGCUAUCCUUGGCUCAACCAGCGCUGCUUCCUCCUGCACUUGCCUGCCCUCUCCCACCCUUGGGUGUCUCCAUUGCAGAGGGUUGGAAAGGCAGGGAGCUGCCUGCUGGCUGGGGUCCUCCCGGGGCCAGGCCAGUGUGGCUGGGACACGCCCACCGGCUUCUGAUGACAUGGGCUGGGACACCCACAGCAGUGAGCCCUUUCCCUGCGCCAGACUCCCCAGCACUAGACUCCCAGCCCUAAACUCUGCUCUCCUAACCCAAGCCUGUGUGAGCGAGGGUGGCCGAAGCUGAGGGGCUGGGGUGGGGCCGGAGCAGAGGGAGGAGGAAGGAAGGGUCUGCCUUUGCCGAUCUGGCAGGAGCUCUCAGGAGCGGAGACUGGGUAGCCCUGAGUGCCAGACCCUUGAACAGCCUGGCCCCUUCCUGUGGGCCUCAGGUGGGGGCCUGGUCCGGACUAUUCUCUUGGAGGCCGCGGGUGGGUUCCGCCGGGCCGUGUGGGGUUGCUGCACUGCCCUUGUCCCCAGGUCCACUUUGGAAGCCUGAGGAUCGGGCUGCAGGUGAAGAAGCUGGGUGUCAGCCGGGGUGGGGUGGGGGCGGUGUAUGUGCAACCACCUCCUCUCCCAUCCAGACCUUCCUUAAGACGGGAAGCAGCAGCGGGGGAAAGCUCCACUUCCCGUGACCUUUCUCCAUCUCUCCUCCAGGGGGCAGCACCAGGCCCAUUUCCGUCCCCUCCCCUGCCAGCGCUGGGACCUUCUCUCUGACCCAGUGGAGGGUCCCCCGAGGCAGCUCUAGUGGAGGGGCCCGGGAAUUGUGAGGUCAGAGGGGACAGGACAGGACUGGGGCCAAACAUCCUGUUCUCCCAAAUCUCCUAACCAGGCGGGAGCCAGGGUGGAUGAGACCGAGCUCCCUGUUUUGAGUUUCUUUUUGUUUUCUUUCCUAAUCUGUCCCAUUCUCCCUGUUGAAGCAAAUUCCUUAACACUUUGGGCAAAGAAUUUCUAACCUGGACCUGGGCCUCUGCUGUCCUUCUAUACCUGGUGUGUGCCGUGUGUGUUUGUGUGUGAGUCUGUGAGCGGCUGUAUGUGUUUGAAUGUGUGUGAGAGCCUGGGGUGUGAGGAGGGGUGCGUGUGUGGGGGCCCCCGGGGCAAGUGUCCCCAGACAGGGCUCCAGCCGUCGUCCCUUUCUGGCUUCGGCAGCAUCCGCUGAGCCUGCCAGACCUUAUGGAAGAAGCUCACCCCGUCUGCCUCUUUGACUGCACCCCGGAGUCAACAUCUUCCCAGUCCUAUGCUGGGGAAAAUAUUGAAACCGCAGCUAGCCCCAUGAGCCGCUUCUCAUCCCGCAGCACAACAGCACAGGGUAGGGUGUCGCGCUGUCCCAGACCCCCCAAUAUCCCGUCUCCUGGCCCCCCACCCUUCUCUGCCCUCCCACCUCCUCCCUCUGGCCCCGGCUCAGUUCAGGGAACCGCCCUUUGCUCUCUGAGCAGCCGCGAUGCUUCCUGCUCUCACUAGGAAUGGAGUCUGUCUGUUUCUUCCCUCUGCCCCAGCCGAGGCUUCUGGACCUGUCGCUGGGAGCGGCUGUUGAGGAGGCUGGGGAGUUCCAGGGUGGGGAGAGAGCUAGAGGAAGGGGCACCCCUCUCUCACUGUUGCCCUCCCCUACUGGGGGCACAAGCUCUCUCUGUGUCUCUGGGUCUUCUGGUUGUGCACGUUUCUUAUGACCUUGUAAAUAUGUUGUAGAAAGAAAGCAAAAGGCGCUGAAUUAGACCCUGGUGGGAUUCAGGGGUCAAGCCUUGUCCUGUCUCUGAAGCCCCCACCCUGCUUUUCACCCCACUCUCUGAGACUGAGCCCCCCGCCCCCAGAGCUAGACAAAGCAACUUGUUCCCAGGGGGGCUGACAGCCUCCAACUGACUUCUUGUCAGACAAGCUACAGGCUUUCUCGUGAGCAAGUCGCAGGGCGGGCCUCCCUCGGCUCCUCGGAUUCAUGCCCUUGACCAAGCUGCCUGCCACCCAUCUCCUCCCAUGUCCUUCUGUGUGGAUACCCUGUCUCCCCUGGUUUAGGCAGGCAGUGGAAUUAGAGCUCUGUUGAAAAGAGCUCAGCCAAACUUGAAGAGCGGUUUCUUGCCGAGCCCCGGAGCUGACCUUGGCCGCCGGAGGCCUCCUCACCCAUGGGGGCUGGGCGAGAUGGGUGUGUCUAGGACGGGGAAGCUGGAGUUGGAGAGAACAAAUGUGCCUUGAGAGACCACUCAGAGGUUCAGGGUGAUGGGGAAGAAGGCAGGGCAUUGGAGCUCAGGAAGGAGGAAAAGGAAGGCGAAGUUGAUGAGGGCACCGUGGGACAUCAUGACGGUCCCUUAUUAUCCCUUUGGUGCUGUGACCGCAGGUGCUCAGCGGUCACACUUCCUUCCCCACGCCAGCCCACCUGGCGUUAAUGGCCACCCCUGCGCCUUUCAUGAGCUCUGUCUGCUUCCAACUUCACCUCUGAGUGCGUGGGGUCCCUUGGGACCCCCAUGGGAACCCUCCAUUUCACCAAAGCCUCACCUCAGCCCUUGGGGAGGACGAAUGGCUUAGUCUGGCAUGUCACGAUGCCACCCGGCGCCGUCAUUGUGAGGCUGUGGGCAGGCGGGGGUCAAGGGGAAGAGACACCGGGGGUACAAAAGGAGACUGGAGACAUCCCGGGGAAGUCGCAAGCAGAGCAAACUGCUCUACAGCCUGAAGCCUACUUAAAUUGUGUGAUGUGCAAUAACUGAGCUUAGAGUUAAGAAUUGUGUUCAAGUGCUUGGAUUUCCUUCUAUAUAUUUCAGUGCUGAAAUCGUAUCUUUCAGUAAUUUUAGAUGUCCUUAAAAAAUCGAAAAACAAAGUGUUAGACCGUGUAUGUGCAUUGAUGGGCACUCAAGCGUCCCGUGAGUCACCCCACCCUGUCCCUUUCCCCUGUGCCCCCAAGCCCCUCACCCCCAGACCCCCCUUCCCCUUGGGGACCCCGCCUCGUGUUGUCUUUAUCUGCCUAUUACUCAGCCUAAGGAAACAAGUACACUCCACACAUGCAUAAAGGAAAUCAAAUGUUAUUUUUAAGAAAACAGAAAAUAAAAACUUUAUAAACA